AAAGAAUCGAGUUCUGUGGUCAUGAGAUCAGCAAACUGGGUCUGCACAAGUCCCAACAGAAAGUGAAUGCUGUGAUAAAUGCACCACGUCCUGAGAGUGUUUCCCAAGUUCGUUCCUUUGUUGGUCUUAUUAAUUAUUACCACGAUUUCCUUCCAAACCUUUCUACCUUACUUCAACCACUAAACCAGUUGCUUGAAAAAGAGAGACGGUGGAAAUGGACCUCGGAAUGUGAGCAAGCUUUUCUGAAAGCAAAGGAGUUAAUUGCAUCCGAGGAAGUCCUUGCACAUUAUGACCCUCAACGCCCAAUCAAGUUAGAAUGCGAUGCAUCUCCGUAUGGGUUGGGGGCAGCUUUAACACAAGUCAUGGGUGAUAAUACUGAAUGACCAAUAGCUUAUGCUUCAAGGUCCCUUACAAAAACUGAAAAACUAUUCUCAGAUAGAUAAGGAAGCAUCAUUGGCUUUAGUAUGGGGUGUGAAGAAAUUCCAUACUUACAUAUUUGCACGACAUUUCACUCUGCGAACAGAUCAUAAACCAUUGACAGCAAUUUUCAGUCCAACCAAGGCUAUACCAGCAACGACUGCUGCUCGAGUCCAACGAUAUGCACUAUUCCUUUCAGGGUUUGACUACGAGAUUGAACACCGUAGUUCAACACAGCAUUGCAAUGCAGAUGGAUUGUCCCGUUUACCUCUAGCAACAACUGAAGAUGAAGAAAAUCAGUCUGUUGACCCGGUUGAGGCAUUUCAUGUGUCACAGUUCAGCAUGUUUCCUGUAACUUGGCAGCAAGUACGCAAAGCAACCCAACGAGAUUCUACCCUCGCCCAAGUGUAUGAGCAUGUCAUGAAAGGCUGGCAUGAAAAUAAAGACCCCAACCUGCGUGCGCAACCCUUUUACUCUCGAAGAAACGAACUAACUAUGCACCAAGGAUGUAUUAUGUGGGGGAGCAGAGUUGUCAUUCCCACAAAGUUACGAAGCGAAGUGCUACAAGUAUUACACGAAAGUCAUGUUUGUGUGGUUAGAAUGAAAGCUCUGGCUAGAAGUUACGUUUGGUGGCCAGGAAUUGAUUUGGAGAUUGAAAGGAUGCAGUGGUUGCCAGCGGGUUCAACAUGCCCCCAAAUGCUCAACAUUACACCCAUGCGAGUGGCCAUCUACCCCCUGGCCACGUAUUCAUGUCGAUUUUGCAAGACCAUUUCUUGCAAUGAUAUUUUUAGUGAUUGUUCACGUUCAUUCAAAAUGGUGAGAGGUAAUAAUCAUGCACUCGAAAACAACCACCUCCAAAACUGUCGAAGUCCGCCCUGCGAACAGUGUUUGCUCGAAAUGGGUUACUAGAACAACUGGCUAGCGAUUAUGGCCCUCAAGUCACUGCAGAAGAAUUCCAGCUAUUUCUAAAGAAAAACGGAGUUAAACACGUAACUUCAGCACCAUAUCAUCCAGCCACUAACGGCUUAGCAGAAAGAUUCAUUCAAACCAUGAAACAAUCUUUGACUUCAAUGAAGGAAGACCUUGGCUCCACGUAGACCAAACUAUCCAAAUUCUUAAUGAAAUAUAGAAACACACCACGACUGGUGAAACACCAGCAACUCUCUUCAUUGGACGAAAUUUACGCACACGGUUAGACUUGAUCAAACUGGACAUUCGAAAGCAUGUUAUAGAGAAACAAGUCAGCCAAGCCAAACCCAAAGGUGAUAUUGCUGGUAAUGCAGUUAGUGUCAGAAAUUACAGAGAGAAGGAAAAGUGGAUUCAAGGAAUUGUGCGUGCUCGAACCGGACCAGUGUCAUACCAGGUCGAGAUUGCACCAAAUGUUAUCUGGAGGAGAUACAUCGAUCAAUUACUUGCCUCGGAGAACAUAAACGACACUCAAGAUGUCGAACCAGUUACAGAUAUUCCAGGUUUGGCCAAUGAAAAUAAUACUGAAGACGAAACAGCCGUGGACAUACAAGACCAACAGGAGACUUUAAACAGGUGAAAGUGCAAAGAAAUGAUUAUAGACUUCAGAAAAACGAAAACAGAAAUUCCUGAACUACAAGCGGAACAGUCUCCAAUAAGUCGUGUCAGCUCCUACAAAUUACUGGGUGUGUGGAUCGAUAAUAAUCUGAAAUGGGAGACUAACACUUGGGCUUUGGUUAAAAAGUGCCGGAAAAGACUGUACUUUUUAAAAAUCUUAAAGAAUUACGGUGCCCUCACAAAGAACCUGUUGGCAUUUUAUAAUUCAAUAAUCAGGCCGGUUUUAGAAUAUGGUGAAUUGGUGAUGUUUAGUAUGGCCUGGGGGUCUAACUGCUAAACAACGAUGCAAUAUCGAAAUGAUUCAAAAACGAGCAUUUCGUAUAAUAUAUCCAGGACAAGAUUACAAACAGGUAUUGGAAGCGAACAAGUUGACAACAUUGGAACAACGAAGAAAAGACCACUGUUUCAAGUUAAUAUCAGAUAUGACUGAAGAAGAUCAUUAGCUUAAUCAUUUGCUUCCUGCAAAAAGAUCUGAAGUAACGGAAAGAAACACUAGAGGGAACAAAAAUUGUUUAUAAAAUAGCCCGCUUUUACAUGCUAUUAACAUUUUUUAUACUAUGAACAACAAUUAGGAUAGUAAAUAUAAUAUAGUUGUAAACUAUAUAGUAAUUUAACUUAUGUUAUUGCAUGUACUGCAGUUAUAAUUCCAGUAAUAAUAAUAAUAUAGUUGUGUUAAUUGCACUUUUUCAUUUGUUUGGCCCUCACAUAUUAAAUUAUGAAUAUUCAAAUUAAAUUUAAUAUGAAUAGUAUCUUUCAAGUUUAGUAUGCAAAAGGUUUAUUAAAGAAAUAGUCACAGAUGAGACAUUUAUAGUCUAGACAUGUUGUGUACUAUUAUAUAAACAAAAUUUUUCUUAAAAUGAAACACUCCAUCUGACAGUUCUUUACUCAUGACCAUGUUUUUGAAAAAUAGAUAUAUGCUGAGUUUGGUGGAUAAGCCUUAUCAAAGAACAAACUAUGUCAAACAUUCACUCUCUAACAAGGGAGUUGAUAUCUGGAAUAAUCUUGACCCAAACUUUAAAAAUAUAGCAUCUUACUAUAUAUUCAAGAAAAAAUCGAAAAAAUACUACAUACUGAAUAACUGAAAAACUACUACCAAAACAACAUCUGCAAUAUCAAAUUUUAUAUGAAUUAAUAAUAAUACACUUUUGUGAUCACAACAUUUUAUUUACUGUAGCACUAUAUGUAAAUACUUUAUCAUGUUGCACCUCACUUGAAGCACUGUCACCUAGUUUUGUUUGUAAAUAGGAUCCUUAUUUUGUAAUUUAAAAUGUAACUAGGGGUCUUAAUCAAAAGCCUUUUGAUGGUUUCUAGUAGGCCCCUAGCCCUAGAUAAUAAACAUGUAAAUAUAAUAAUCAAAAUUUUUGUAAUUAAAUUGGGCGAAUAUAUUUAAAAAAAAAAAAAAAUCCAAGCAUAUAUAUAUGUAAGAGUUAGAUACCGAAAACGGAGGCUCUUAGUCAGAUACAAACCCGAGGGGCCGUAGGCCCCGAGGGAUUUAUCUGACUAAGAGCCGACGUUUGAGGUAUCUAACUAACUUAGUUCAUAUUUGUAAGGAUUGCCCACAAUGAAAAACACUUUAUGAUAUGUAUUGUUCUUUAAAUGAGUUUGAAUUACCAUGGUUGUAAUAAAAACAAACAGGGCUUUCGCAUUUGAUGUGCAUUAAUUCUCGUGUCGCAUUACUGUAUACUAUCAAUGAGAAGUGAUUGAAUAUUCGUUCACCAACCACAAUUACGAUGAAAUAUGUUCGAAAUAGCUCAUACAACAGAGAAGCGCUAACGAAGAUUUGUACGGGUUUGUCGAAGCAGAGAUUCUCAAGUUGUUCUCAACAGGGUUUUAUAUAUAGGAUAAAAACAGAAUGGGAAGUCUUUCAUUGGGAAGUCUUUCUUGAAUUUCAAUGAAAGACCGACCAUGCAUGAGGUUUUUAUGUUUAUAUCCAUUUUCUAUUGUCCUCGGGAGGUUAUGGUUGUGGGACAAAAUAAGGUUGAACAUCACAUUAAACACGCUUUAAUGUGGUUGAGCAUGCGUAGUAUAUCAUUUCGCGUCCCACAAGCGAAAGAGCAGAUAUUACUGUAUAAAUUGCUUGCACAAGCAAGUUUGGUGCUUGGUUCAGCUAGUCCUCGUGCACCGAAUGAUAAAUACUCCUACCCAAAGGUAGAGUUUGACGGGCUCCUGAGGUACACGGCUGUUGUCUCUUUCUCGACUCAGAGACGUGCAGCGUUUUCUAGUCGAAAAGGAGAUGUGGAGUUUGAGUUUUGUUACAAAUUCAAGGUAUCUAACUCCAUAGUGACCUCUAAAAGUGGUCACUAUGGAGUUAGAUACCUUGCAUUUUUAAUUAGGCAUUCAAUUCUAUUCAUCAACCCCGCUUUUCCCUGUGGAGAUAUCAAAUCCCUCCCCUUGCUUUUAGAUUCUUACCCAAAUAAAACCCUAUUGAGAACAAUAGAUAUCCGCACAAAUAUGAACUAAAUAUAUAUAGUUCCCAGAAAAUAGUUCCCCAAGAAAGAAAAAGGAUAAUUAAUGUAAAAAUUUAAUAGCUAAAAGGAAAAAUUCUAACUAAUAGAAAAAAAGUCACCUGUGCUGUAGGUAUGACCUUAGAAAUGCAAUAAUUAUCCAUCUUAAUAGUGUAAGACUAUAGAAUAAUGUAACAAAUGUUCUAUGGCAAAUUCAUUUUUAGCCAAUCUGGAAUGCCUAAUUUUCUGGGGGGGCAUGGAUCCCCCUGCUAGUGCCCCCCUAGUAGUGCCUUUUUAAGCAUCUCUAUUCACCUUAGGAUCAGACCCUUGAUGCAUGUUAUCUAAAUUAGUUUUAUGUUAAUUAAUAUUUUUCUGUUAAUUUAAAAUAUAACAUGACAUUCAGUUUGAUAACAUCACAUAGUUACAGUGUCCGAGUGUCAAUUUACUUUAUUAUUUGCAGAAAUGUGCAAUGUUCUCUUGCGGUCCCAGAAAGUAAAAUAUUUUUCCACCCCUGGUUAGCACUUCACUUGGGUGAACUAGAAUGCUGGGUUUGCUAGAUAAAAAAUCCUAGAACAUAGAAGUCUAUAUGUUUGUCUUGUAACAAGUCCCAUAAUUUGUCUUGUUCAAAUUUGUGUUGUUAUUAAUUCUAAUGUGUGUCCCUGUGUUGGUCUUGUUAAUCUUCAUUGUCAGCUAAUUUCCACUCAAUAAAAUUUUCCGCAGGAGCGCACAGCAUUGAAACUAACGACUUUAGCACUAUGUACACUUUCCUUCCGUUACUAUCCUGCGGAGGGUUUUCCUGGGUGCAAACUGGCCUUUUUAUAUUACUAAAGAUCUAAUGUAGAAUGUGUCAUGUUUGUUCUGUAAGGGCUGCUGUACAAUUGGCACAAAGCUGUAGCAUAUACCCUGCCACUGAUUGAUUGAUAGUUUGUAUAUUCUUGUGUUUGUAUUUGUGCAGAUAUGAUAGUGUGAAAUUGGCAAUUAAAGCAUAAUAAAUAAAUAAAUAAAUAAAAACUAAUCCAAGUGAGCAUAUAUAUACACAUCCUGACCUUAUCACAACCCGCACACCCAAAUACAUGUAGAUAAACUUGCAGUUAUAUAUACAUGUUGAUAAACUUGCAGUUACAGCUCAGCGACUAGCUUCGAUCUGUACUGUACAGGUGUAUGUACCACAGAAUACCACAAAAAUUUACAUGAUCCAUAUCUUUUGUCUAAUGUAUAUAAUAUGGUUCCUUAAUAUUUUUUAGUAUAGUCUAUCAAUAUAGUUUUCUUCCUGGGGGUUUUGGGGCAAGAUUUCAUAGACUUAAUCAUUUUUUUAAAAUUAAUAUUCUGUGGAAUUGAGUCACAUUGAAGCCAUCAGCACCCUAUGUUAUUACUUUACUCUGUCUAAUGCCAGAUGAUUUUACUCAUCAAGGGGAGAGUGCUGGUGCUUAAUGGGUUAAUAUUCUAGUAGAAGGCCCAAAGUAUUCGAGAAUCAGAAUUCAUGUUGAGAAUCGGCCAAAAGUAUUGAGAACCAGAAUUCAUGUCGAGAAUCUUCUGUUUGGUGAAAUUACAGAAAUGGGCUUUUCGGAAAACAACGGCCUUUCUGGUUUAUCCAUCCCUUAGAAACAUUAAUUGUCAUUUGACACAAGAAACGGUCAUGUUUUAUGGUCAAAAAGAACUGGCUGUAACAGGUGCCUUUUCAUGGACUCCAAGGAGUAGAAACAUAGAUAUUAAUUAAUGAAAUGCUGAAGAUGGUUGACCAUGGUAAUAACAGCGAUAAGUUGGAUCAUGGAAGAAGGGGCCCAUGGCAUAUUAUAAGCGUGCGUUGGGCUGUUCAACAUUGGGGCCCAUGGCAUAUUAUAAGUUUCUAGGGUCAAAUGACAAUGUUUCUAAGGGGUGGGAUUAAAUUAAAGUUGAAUUUAUAGAAGCCUUUGUUUUCAAAACGGAAGGCCCAUUUCACCAAACAGAAGAUGUAAUAUUAUGGACGAAAUUAAAUUUAAUGGAGGCAAUAAAGAUACAGGUAUUUUCAUGGGAUCGAGUUUUUUUGAAAUAGUGAAUAAGUUAGAAUUAAGUCUCAAAUGGUUGUAAAAUCUCAAAUGGUUGUAAUAUCUCGAAUGGUUGUAAAAUGUCGAAUAGCUGUAAAAUGUCGAAUAGCUCUAAAGUUAGAAGUCUAAAAUGGUUGUAAAAUCUCAAAUGGUUCUUAAAAUCUCAAAAAGCUAAAAAAUCUCAAAUGGCUGUAAAAUCUCGAAUAGUUGUAAAAUCUCACUUUUGGCUGAUUCUUGACAUGAAUUCUGAUAAUUUCUCGAAUACUUUUGGCUGAAACGGUGUGCCAUAAUGGACACAAGUCACACAACAAUUAUGCAUGAGUCAAUUCCAUGAGUAACCAUCCCCCCCCCCACACACACACCUCCUGGGAAUAUACCCAGACAUUAGCAUUUUUUUGGAAAGAAAGGGAUAAUUCCCAGCCGCUGGGAGACAGCAGGUGAGAAAAUGUACAGCCAUGCACAACCGUUAGGUGGCAAAUGUCCCACCCCGGGAUUAAAAAAAAAAUGCUUUCAUCAAUAUUGUUAAAAAUUGCAUAAUGCAUAGCAAAAAUUGCAUAAUGCAUGGGGGUAUAAACCAUCCAACUUAAUCUGGUAUUAAAUUUAGUUCAGUAACAGUGUAUUAUCAAAUAUUAUUUUGUAUUAUUAACAUUAACAAGCUUCAACUAACAAAUCUCACAUUCUUUCUUUUUUCGCUAGUGUCAAAUGUCCAGGGGUCUUUUAGCCGCCAAACAAUGUCCGGCCCCAGUACACUAAUCUGAAAGCAACUGCAUGGCCCCCGGGAAUGGCAUUCCCAGCAAAUUCCUCAAAAGGGGUUACUCAUGGAAUUGACAAUAAUAUUACACAAGAGGCUUCAGGGGCCAAGUGGUUAGCACACUUGCCUUUCACCUCUGAGGCUGCAGGUUCGAAUCUCACUAAGUACCUUCUCAAUGCGACUCGAACCCAGUCCUCAUGUGAAAAGAGUAAAAGUCAACGCUCUGCCGAAAGCCGUGGGUUUUCCCCGGGUACUCCGGUUUCCUCCCACAGGGAAAGUUGACAGGGUGGGUUAGGUAAAAAGGGCCCACAGUAAUUGGCAUAUGCUGUUGUGGUGACCCUGCCCUAGUUGGCAAAGCUAAAUAAAUAAAUAAAAAACAAGAACUUGCUGUUGUUAUAUAUUAUAGUACAAAUAAUAAAAGGGUAAUUUGUGUUCAUGUAAUCUCACUUGAAAAUCUUCCCAUAUAUUAAUUAAACACUCACUAACUGGACAAUCUGGGUUGGAAUGAAGGUACAAAGAGAUUGUGAUAAACUGUCAAAACAACCAAAACAUCCUGGCAAGUGGAAUAUGACAUUUUCUAGUAAAUAAUUUACACUACAGUACUUGCCAAAAUUAAAAAUAUCCAUUCAAUAAUAUUCCAUUAAAUACGGUAUUAAUAGUUAAUACAAAACGAAACGACCAGCAUAAAUAAGAUAUGUUCUGCUGUUUGCAAUGUUAUAUUUGUAAUUUUGUAUGCACGUUUGUGUUGGCGAUCUGUUAGCAAGAUGCUUUAGCUAAUUCUAUUUAUUAAUCAUAAUGGCUAAUAUAUGACGUUGAACAACUAGUCUCAAAUGUAAAAUAAACAGACCGAUAACUUACCAGGUAUUUAUAAAACUGGUAUCUUCGUAGAUUUUGCUCUCGUAUCUUCGUAGACUUUGUAAAUUUUAAUACUCAGAGAAUUUCUAUUCCUUUUUACGUACCAACCGCUGAUAAGCAAUUCGCUGCAGCGAAAACUUCCAUAUUUGGUUGGGGCGCUCUCGUGCACAGGGGCUUUCUCGUGCGGGGUCUUCUCGCGCAUUGGUAAUGCCAAACCCUGCUCGCUCGACGACAAGCUCACCUGCUCUAAACCAAUCAGAAAGCCGCUUUUAACACAGGUAUGGGAUAAUCCCCAAAACCAAAAAUUUUCUCAGAAGACAAACUGAUUUGCAUAAUCACCGCACAGGCCUGCUUUUUGGGUGACACAACCUGCACUGCCCGCCGUCGCAUUUUCUGUCCCAGUUCCCCUUGAGCGUCAACAUGGCGACAUACAAAGGAGGGAAAGGUUGGCAUUUUGUGAAUUUUUUUGCUUUUUCGCGUAUUCAUGUCUUCAAAAUUGAAUAGGUUCUUGCUUUUUUAUAGGCCAAAGAGGUGGGGACUAUAGAAAACGGGACGCUUGGCCCGGACCAAGGUAUAGAAUGAUUUAAAUCGUUAUCAUUUUGGGUAGAAACUCGACAUGUUUUUCGUGGUUGUCAACUUCAUAAAAUUACAUGUUUGUUUAAAAUUUGGUUAGCCAAGGUUAAAGCUACAGAGUUUUGUGAAUACGUAAAUUUGUUUCAUGUGUAGAAUUUGAUAGAAUUUAUUUAAUGAAAAGUACAAAAUAUGUACGUUUACUAUUAUGCAUUUUUCUAUGCUUCAACUUGUUCAAGCGAAUGAAGUGUAAACUUUGAACCCUGUUUUCGGAAUUUGUGUGGGCUUGGCUCUUUUGUGGUUUUUGUGUGUUAAAUCACGUUAAAUGCAAGUGAGAAUGCAUAUGUUUAUUAAAAGAAAGGUAUAUUUGUAUACAUAUACAAAAUUAUACAAGUUUGCAGACACAUACAACAAAAUUUAAACAUUGCUGAAUAUAAAGUAAAGUUGCCAAAAAUGAAAGUAAUUGUACUUUUAAUAUUUUCCAGGAAAUGCUUAAAAAUUGGGAGAAAAUGGAAUAAUUGAUUCAUGAAUUAUUUUCAAUUUUAUUUCGUGCUUUAAACUUAGAAAGUCAGCUUUGAUAAUAUUUUACAUAACCUGCCAUACAAUUAUAUACCUAGCUUGGAAAGUGUGUGGGAUCUAGCAAGCAAAAACCCAAUCAUAACAACCGGUGUUGCUGGUUUAAGAACUAACAUUCUAAGAUAUUAUGUCCAUUAAUUUUUAACUGAUGAAAGUCAGGACAAGUAAAUUGUCUGGCCUUUCUAGGAUGUAUUAUUCUGUGCACAAAACUUCAAAGAUCUUGGGGGUAGAGUUAGAGCACUAUUUGUUGUAGUUUCUCAUUCAAGGCUGUCCCCAACAUAUGUCGCCUUUGUGCAUGCUUGUACAAUUUUCUGUUUAACAUUUUCAUUGAUUUCCGAUACGAUACUAAAAUGUAAGGCAAUGUUUUGCUAUUUGAGCUUUGAAAAAGCAUCUAAGACAGGAAUGAAAUGGUAUUUUACAAAUGAAUGUGUGAAAUUUGUGAAAGUUGUAAUGCUGUUUUUUUUUGUAUUAUAAUGGUCGAAAAUGGUAGUAAUGGCCAUUGAGGUGCCUACAUAUUGUGUUAAAACACUCGGAAUGUAUAUAAUUUUUAAAGUACAUAUUUUCUCAAUGUUCAAUCAGUUUUACACAAUCGAAAAUACAAAUCAUUCUAUAGAUUCCGAUUGUCUAUACCAAUAUCAAUCAGCCCGAUUCCAAUUAUCGCUCAAUCACUAAAGUUUGAUAGAAGAAUAGACAAUGUUUUACUUGCAACUGUUCAUAGUAAUAAUAAUUAUAUUUAGCCAGGAUACCCAUGUCAUACACAUGUUUUCCAUUGGGGUACUGCUUCAAAACUGCAAUAAUUUACAGCACAAUUUAUCAAUAUAUAAACUGUAUAAAAAUAUACAAAUAUAUAGACCCAUUGCACUGACGUCACAAAUUCUUAGAGUGUCCUCCAGAUGCUCCCUAACAAUAUCUGUUCGGGUACUACAACCGCAUACAGUCACAUUUAAUACGUAGAGGCACAGUCCACACCCACAAGCUAAACUGUUCACCAGGGUUUGUUCAAAACUUGAAAGUCCUAUAUUGAAUGUCCUUGAAUUUGAAAACAAAAAUUCGGGGGUGUUGAAUAUCCUUGAGUUUGUAAAGAAGUACUUGAGAGUUCUUAAAUUCUUCUUGCAUUAGUUUAUGGAUAUUUUCUGAAAUUGUUUGACAUUCAAAACGGACAUUCUGUUGAAUUUAUUUUGCAUGUUCAUAUCUGAUAAAACUGUUUGAUAAAUUCAUUAAAGUUGCACUCUUUUUGAACAAUUCAACGUCACUUUUUACUGAUUCCUAACGCCUUCUCUUCAGUAUUUAGUCCUUGAAUUUGCUGAUACAUGGCCUUGAAUGUCCUUAAAAAGUCCUUGAAUUUCCUUAAAAAGUCCUUGAAUUUGACUCUUUCUGACAUGUACGAAUCCUGGUUCUCAUAUAUUUAUAAGAUAUCCAGCAUGCAAUAACUAAGUACAAAGUAGAUUUAAUCGAGUCUUAAAUUGAAUGAGAUAACUAACAUUUGUAACGGUUCAUCAUUACUUUGUAAGCAACAGUAUGGCAAAAAGUUAAGAGAUCGACCUGGGUUUGUACUGUUUAGAGAUUAUAAUAAAUCAGGCAGUUCCAGUCCUGGUCCAAGACGAAGCAACUCGCCAUGGCGUGCUCACAAAGAUAAGGAAUACAGAGAUCAACAUCAACACAGAAUGUGUGCUAACUAUUUAUCUGAAGGUAAGGAAAAGUUGUGCAUUUCACAUUUCUACGUUUUUGAAAUCAUUAUCUUCUGAAAUUCUGUUUGAAAAUUUUAACAUUAUUUGACAAAACUGAUGGUCAUUUCUUCUUUGUAACAGAGUGGAAGAAGGUGGAGCAAGAUUUAAUAAAAGGUAGUUAUAUUUUUUAUUUCUUUAGGACAUGCUUUUUUUUGUUGGGUUACGGAUAUCCUGACCUUGAAUUUUUAAAAAGCAGAAGAAAAAAAUAUAAAUGCCACUUAAUUAUCAGUUUUUGAUGUGUUGUUUUUUCUUCAUCUGACCAUAUUAUAGAAAGUAUUAGUAUUUAUUUUCCCAGCAAGACACCCAAAAAUAUAAAAUGUGUGAGAAUAAAGUCAGGCUGACGUGCAGGCUAAACCUUCAACACGCAAUUGUCACGCAUGGUCAUGCCACAUGAACGUGAAACAUGGCCGAAGGAGGCUAUUAACGUUUACUUCACUGUACUCUUUGACUUUGGAUGUACAUGUCACUGUGUAUGUGGUAUUUAAUUAAUCAUGUUAAUUUGGGUGACUGAUUUAUAUACCUGGUUAUUGCAGUAAUUAAUUGAGUAAUUGAUUCAUUAUGCAAUUGAUUUAUUAACCCAUUCAGUGGCAGUACUUUCCACUUGACGACUAAAAUCGUCUGGUGUUAGACAGAGUAAAAUACUAAAGUAGGGUAAAGUAGGGUGCAUUGCCAUUUAAAGGUUAACUGAAUUUUUUAUUGAUUGGCUGAUCAUUUCACUUAUUGACUGAUUACCAUACUUGAUUGAAUUUGAUUGCAUUAUUGAUUGGUUAAUUACCAUACUUGAUUGAUUAUACUUAAUUGAUUAAAUGAUUGAUUGGUUCAUUAUACUUGAUUGGAUUGAUUACUUGACUGAUUAGCUGUUUAUACUUGAUUGAUCUAAUUACUUGCUUAUAUUGUUUUCUAGAUCAAAGAGUUAAUGGCACAGUGGAAUAUGUGUCAAAAACACCAACAGAUAUAAAAGGUAUGCAAAUUAUUUAACUUUUUUCUAUCAAACAAUUUUUAAAAAAGGCUGUUUUGUUGCUACCAUAUAUUUAUAUUAUAGUUAAAUAUUUCUGUUGAUAGAUGAAGAACUUUGCAAUGUUGAAGUUCAUCAGAAAAACAGUGAAGAAAAACCUGAGUCACCUGACUAA